AAAUCUUUAACUCACUUUUUUGUCGGAGGCGGCAAAGUUAGAAAGUCACGACCUGAGUUUCGUAAUGGCUGAAGAAACCAUCAAGAAACGUAGACCCUUCAAGAAGUUCUUCUAUCGAGGUGUUGAUUUAGACCAGCUUCUGGAUAUGAACUUAGAUCAAUUAGCCCAGCUGAUGCCUGCUCGGAUACGCAGAAGAAUUAAAAAGAAACUUCGUAAUAAACACAUGACGCUUCUAAAAAAGCUUAGGAAAAGCAAGAAAGAAUGUCCUUUUGGUGAAAAGCCGGCUGCUGUCAAAACUCAUAUCAGAGAUAUGAUUGUUCUUCCCGAGAUGAUCGGAUCAGUUGUUGGUGUUUAUAACGGAAAGUCAUUUAACACUGUCGAGAUCAGACCUGAAAUGCUCGGCCACUACCUCGGAGAAUUUUCAAUAACCUAUAAGCCUGUCAAGCACGGCAGACCUGGUGUUGGUGCUACUCACAGUUCCAGGUUUAUCCCUCUUAAAUAAUAUGUCCAUGUAAUAAAUUGCUGGUCAAAUCAUCCUCUUUUUGAAUAGAUGACUGUAAUGACGUUAAAUAUGCUUAUCGAUGUAUUUUUUAUGUAGGUGUGCGACUUUUUAAUAGGAGAACUACUCUGCAAAUCAUCUACUUUUUCUUCUUAUGUCAAUAAUUCGGUCUCAUGCACAGCCAUUAACGAGCCACAUUGUAUAAUACCAGUCUGUCAGAUGAUUUCAUCCAUUAAUUUUGACAGUU